GGCCACAUUCGGACGCAUCAAUCCAUUCAAUCUUCUCAAAGUUCGAAGCUUUUGAGCAAGAACCCUCCUCCCUUUCCUAAUCCCCCGAUUUCCCAGAUCUGCAAUUUCUCCAUUGUUUCACUCCGGGCAGCCUGAACCUUUCAAUCUUCAACUCUCCCGAUCUGAAAGAAAAGAGUUUUGUUGGGUUGAUUGGAUUUGAUGGAUACCAAUAAGUGGAGGCCUUCUCAGGUUGGAGAGGCCGCCAUGGAUGCCGGCGAUUGGAGGAGUCAGCUGCAGGCUGAUUCAAGGCAAAGAAUUGUCAACAAGAUAAUGGAUACAUUGAAGAGGCAUCUUCCCUUCUCCGGACAAGAUGGAUUGCAGGAACUCAGCAGAAUUGCUGUAAGGUUUGAGGAAAAGAUUUAUACUGCAGCCACAAGCCAGUCGGAUUAUCUACGGAAAAUUUCUCUGAAGAUGCUCACAAUGGAGACCAAGUCUCAAAAUUUCUCUGCUGGUAACAGCAACAGGCCCCCUGAUCCAGGGUCUUUUGGUAUGCAACCCCAAGUCCCCAAUCAUGGGCAAUCACUCUCUAUGCCGUUGCCAGCUAAUCAAUCUCAAGGACGCCAACCACUUUUAUCACAGAACAUUCAGAAUAACAUUCCGCCUUCUGGAGUUCAAAGUUCAUCUGGCUUAUCAUCCGCACUACCUCCUUCUUCAAGUUUAACCCAGACUCCUAUCCCAAGUAUUGUUGGACAAAACCCAAACAUGCAAAAUAUGUCCGGAAGUUCACAGAAUUCAUUAGGGAAUUCCAUGGGCCAGGGGGUACCCUCCAAUGUCUUUACUAAUUCUCAAAGGCAAAUGCCAGGAAGGCAACAGGUAGUUCCCCAACAGCAGCAGCCGCAGCAAUCCCAGAAUUCCCAGAAUUCCCAGCAGUAUAUGUACCAUCAACAGAUGCAACAUUCGCUUUUGAAGCCAAAAUAUCAGCAGGGAAAUAUGCCACAACUUGUGCAACAGCAACAGCAGCAGCAGCAGAACCUUUUACAAUCGACUCCGUUGCAGUCUUCGCAGCAAUCUGUUAUGCCAGCAUCAUCUGUUAUGCAGACUUCGGUGCAACCAUCUCUCUCGAGUCUUCCGCAGAAUCAACAAUCUGCUAUGCAACAGUCAUCACAACCCAUGCUUCAGCAGCAUUCACAGCCAGUUCUCAGGCAGCAACAGCAGCCUCAACAGGCAGCUGUUCAUCAACAGCAAACACCAAUGGCACAACAGCCAAUAUUACCCCCGCAGCAGCAGCAGCAGCCGCCGCUUAUGGUGCAACAGCCAACUGCUUCAAACUUGUCCCAGAAUCAGAUGAUUGGACAACAAAAUAAUGUUGGGAAUAUGCAGCAGCAGCAACAACAGAGGUUACUAAACCAGCAGAAUAAUCUUUUAAACCUUCAACAACAGCAACAGCAACAGCAGCAGCAGCAGCAGCAGUUAAUGGCUCAGCAAAGCAGCCUUUCUAAUAUCCAUCAGCAACAAUUGGGCUCUCAGAGUAAUGUUACCGGAUUACAGCAACAGCAGCACCUUGGAACUCAAAGUGGUAAUUCUAGUAUGCAACCAAAUCAGCACUCUGUACACUUGUUGCAACAAUCCAAGGUUCAGGUGCAGCAGCAACAACAUCAGAAUGCUUCUAACAUGUUACCGACUCAAGGACAGCAGUCACAACCGCAAGCAUCGCAGCAACAAAUGAUGUCACAGAUUCAACCACAGCCUGCACAGAUGCAACAAAUGGGUUUGCAACAGCUGUCAAAUCCACUGCAACGAGAUAUGCAGCAAAGGCUUCAAGCAGCAGGUCAGAUAUCAGGAACCAUGCUUCAAGCUCAAAACGUAAUGGAUCAGCAAAAGCAGUUAUAUCAAUCUCAGAGACCUGUUCCUGAGACAUCAUGGACUUCUCUAGAUUCCUCAGCUCAGACUGGACAUGCAAAUGGGGGUGAUUGGCAAGAGGAGGUCUAUCAAAAAAUCAAAGUCAUGAAGGAAAAGUACUUACCCGAACUAAGUGAAAUGUAUCACAAAAUUGCUACUAAACUUCAGCAGCACGAUUCUCUUCCACAAGAACCAAAGUCAGAGCAGCUUGAGAAGCUAAAAAUGUUCAAAACCAUGUUAGAGCGCCUCAUAUCAAUCUUACAGGUUUCCAAGAGUAACAUUUCACCUGGUUUGAAAGACAAGUUGGGUUUAUAUGAGAAGCAGAUAGUAAAUUUUAUUAAUACAAAUAAACCGAGGAAGCAAGGUCCUCCUCUGCAACAAGGGCAGCUCACCCCACCUCAUUUGCACUCCAUGCAGCAGCCGGAGUCUCAAAUUCCUCAAGUGCAGUCUCAUGAAAAUCAAAUGAACCCGCAGUUGCAAACAAUGAAUUUACAAGGUUCUGUGCCAACAAUGCAGCAGAACAAUAUGACAAGUUUGCAGCAAAAUUCAAUGUCUUCGAUAACUGGGGUUUCAACAGCACAGCAGAACAUGAUGAAUUCAUUGCAGCUGAGUACAAAUUUGGAUUCAGGACGGGGAAAUGCACUGAACUCUUUGCAGCAAGUUCCGGUGGGAUCUAUCCAACAAACUCCUGUCAGUGCUCCCCAGCUAGCUAACAUGAAUGGUUUGUCAUCACAGAGUGGGGUUAGUAUGCUUCAGCCAAAUAUUAACUCCCUUCAGUCAAAUUCUGGUAUGCUUCAACACCAGCAAUUAAAACAGCAGGAACAGCAAAUGCUUCAGAAUCAACUGAAGCAGCUGUAUCAACAGCGAAUGCAGCAGCAAAUGAUACAGAAGCAGCUGCAACAGCAACAGCGGCAGCAGCAACCUCAGCAACAGUUACAGCAGGCAAAGCAGCAGCUUCCGGCGCAGAUGCAGGCGAACCAACACCAAAUGCCACAGCUUCAUCAAAUGAAUGAUGCAAAUGACUUGAAGAUGAGACAGGGGAUGGGUGUUAAGCCAGGGGUUUUUCAGCAACAUAUGUCCUCAGGCCAGCGUGCUUAUCCUCAUCAGCAGUUGAAAUCAGGAUCUCCAUUUCCUAUUCCUUCAUUAAACCAACUCCUUCAGGCUGCAUCUCCUCAAAUUUCGCAACAUUCUCCUCCCCAAGUUGACCACAAGAAUCUACUGACUCACCCGAAAGCUGGAACACCAUUGCAAACUGCCGGUUCACCUUUUGUCAUUCCAUCUCCUUCAACUCCCAUGGCUCCAUCCCCCAUGCCAUGGGAUUCUGAGAAACCUUCCUCACUACCAAAUGCUGGGAAUAUCGGACAUCAACAAGCGGCUGGGGUGGGAGCACCAGUCCAGUCUUUUGCAAUUGGCAGCCCUGGGAUAUCGGCAUCUCCUUUGCUUGCUGAAUUUAGUGUACCAGAUGGUAGUCAUGUUAAUGCUUUGUCAACUAUUUCUGGCAAGUCGAGUGUUACUGAGCAGCCUCUUGAAUGCUUGAUUAAGGCGGAGAAAUCGAUGUCACCUAAUGCUUUGAGUGCAUCUGUCAGUGACAUUGGCUCAGAUCCAUUGAGUGCAUCUGUUUGCUGCUGUGAGGUGGAAGGGUGGGCGUUGUCAUCGUUGUGGUGCUGCUACUCCCGCCGCUGCUGCUGCUAGAAGAAGAAACAAGGGCAAGAAGCAUGUGACGCUGGAAGAAUUUGUCAUUUGCAACGUGCUACGCGGAAAAUUAUUGUCAAACGUAUGCGGAUUCUGCUGAUAAUGCCAGGGCAGUGGGAAAGGAAGUGCAAUGGGCACUGCACAGUGCAUUUUGAAAGAUUUCGAGCUAUUUGCCAAUAAUUAAUUAAAAAGACUGCAUUUUUAUAAUGUUGUUUGUGUGCUUGGAACAGUACAAAUGUUUAUUUACUUUUAUUGUAUGACUAUGGGAAUGAUUUAUCAUCAGUUUUACUUUUA